AUGCAUGUUGCCUUAUUACCCUUCCUCCAUCUCAUGGGGGCUAUGAUUCUCUCCCAUCUACCGGGGGUAUUCUCAGCAGCUCAGGGAGCUGCAGUAGUGGUUAUCGAAGAUAAUAGAGGCAAGCAAGUCCCUAUAAAGGAGGCGUUCCGCCGUACCUCCCGCGACGUCACCGAGGGGAAAGGACGGGCCCACCAUUCAGUGGAGGAACUGAGUCGACUAUGGGAGUGCUUCGGAGAGUCGGCGGACUCGGCGCUGGUAACGAACUUGGAAAUCACGGGUAUUGAGAUAGUCUCCACUGGAGUUCCGGGCUGUUUGGUGUCUGAUGAGGAGAUUUGUGAUUUUGUUGUGUCCUUAUCACACUAUGAAUACUAUAGAGAAGUAGCAUGCACGGUCAACUCACACUCGUGGAUGACAUCACAGAUCAGUGAAAUGCCAGGGGCUACAUCAUUCCACGUUGGUGUCCCUCGGAUGAAAUCCCGCGUAAACGCGUUGGUGUAUCCUCCAGACGAUCCGAUAUUUUCGAGACAAGUUGAGUUGUUCGAAGCCUUGAGGAUCGAGGAGACGUGGAAGGCAGUGAGGGAUUCGGGCCUUCAACGGAGGGAGCCAAUCGUGAGCUUAUUGGAUACCGGCAUUAAAGCCGAACAUCCUGAGUUCGCUGGGAGACUCCUCAAGGAGAUUGACCUUACUGGGCUACAUGGAGAGAAUGGCACGGAUCUCCACGGCCACGGCACAGCAAUGGCUGGUAUCAUUGCAGCCAAUUCGAACAACGGCGAAGGUAUCAGUGGGAUCGCCGAUAAGGUGAAAAUCCGAUCGAUUAGGAUGUCUAUUAAUGGGAGGGGAAUUACUGCUGUCCAGCUUGUUCGCGCGUGGGAGGCGGUGUUAGCAUGUGGUGAUUCCGACAUCAUAGUAUACGCCUAUGCUGGAGGGGUUUGUCGUAGAAGUGCGAGUAUAUGUAGUCGUGUGCUGAAGAAAGCUGUCAAGAAGGGCCUCCUUGUUCUCGUAUCUUCUUCUAACUCGGACGAAGUUGACAGUGCGGGCGAGAUUGAACAACCUUGUUCCCAAGCCAAUGGUAUACCAGGAGUUCUCUGCGUUACCUCAACCUACGUGGAUAACCCGAUGACGUUGGUCUACGGGGCGUCCAAAUUGGCAACUCUUGCCGUACCAUCGUCCGACGUCUGGUUCCCAACACCGGAGCGUGAGGGAAGCGAGUGGCUAUAUUCAAAGAAUUCGGGCUCAUCGGUCGCCACGGCGAUUGUUGGCGGAAUAGCAGCUCUGGUGACGAGUUUGGGGCACUUCGAUCUAGCAGACGUCGAAAGGAUAUUAUUGAACUCCACAAAGGGAAGAGCGAAAACGGAUAAAGACGAGAUGCUGUACGGAGUCCUCGAUCCUUAUUUUGCUAUUUAA